UUGUCAGAACUUCAGAAGAUAGAUUUUGUGCCUCGUACCUACCUAUGUCAUAGCAAGUAAUUUUAUAUUUUAAACUUAUUUUCAAAAGAUACAAUUAUUUAUCAAUUUUCUACAUUAUAUAAGGAAGUAAUACAGAAGUUUUUACACAAAUUAUAGAAGGAAAAAUAAAUAAAAUACCUAAUAUACACCAAAUUAACCUAACCUGUUACUAAUUUUUUAUGCCAGGUGUGUUCAUAUAGGAGAAUGAAUAAUUUACGUUUAAUUUAAGUCCAAGCGAAAAUUAAGAAAAUGGAAGAACUUUUUGAAAAGCCAGAGAAUAAUGCACCAGAGGAAAAUAGCUAUCAUCAUUACACUUUAUUUGAUGUCACUGUUGACCCAGGUUUAAAAGACGACGAAGGAAAUGAACUACCAAGACCGUUCAAUAAAAAUCAAAUGAGAAAGUGGUUGAAAAAAGUUAGAUGGGAAAAACACAAGGCCGAAAAACGUAGUAAAGAAAAGGCCCGUGCCAAGGAAAGGAAACGGGAGGCACGCGCGGCAAAUAUAGAUUUAGGUCCCAACAGAAAAAUGUUGAAGAAAAUGAAGUUAGAAAAAGUUAAGAAAAAUAUUAGCAUUAUAAUUGAUUUAAGUUUUGACCAUUUAAUGAUCGAAAAAGAUAGGUAUAAGGUUAUAAAACAGUUGCUACGGUGCUAUUCAAUAAAUAGACGAUCCGAAGCACCUCUCCAAUUUCAUGUUACAAGUUUUGGAGAAAAAUCAAAAGUAGACAUUUCCAGGCACAAUGGCUAUGAACAUUGGGAUAUGGAGUAUCAUGAAAAAUCUUACCUUGAGCUUUUUCCUAAAGAAAAGUUAGUAUAUCUGUCUAGUGAAUCUGAAAAUAUUAUAGAGCAAUUUGAAGAGGACACAUACUACAUCAUUGGUGGAUUAGUAGACCAUAAUAAGCAUAAGGGGUUGUGUCAUAAGUUGGCUGUGGAACAAGGCAUCAGGCAUGCACAGCUUCCUCUAGAUAAAUAUGUAAACAUGAAAACCAGAAAAGUUUUGACUAUAGACCAUGUUUUCGAGAUUGUGCUUCGUAUUUCUGAGGGUAUGCAGUGGCAAGAAGCUCUUCUGAAAGUUUUACCUAUAAGGAAGGGAGUACACCUAUGUGAUUCAUUAAAUAGUUCAACGAUCAGCAUAGAAACAUCAAAAGAAAAUGAUGUACCCACAUGAAAUUGUAUUGAAAUAGUUGAACCAAGUUUUCUCAAUUUUUAAAGCUAAGUUUUGUUUUACUUUCACAGUAAAUAAAAUAUCUUGAUUAUUCAACUGUUACAAAAUUUUUGACAAUAUAGUAUAAUUUAUAUUUUGAA